AGCCCAACCUCCUCCCCGCCGACGCCCUUCAGCGCCUGGUCGUCCUGUCCCACGGUCACGGCCAAGAAUGCGGUUUCAUCCCCGACGUCAAGCUCCCAGUUCCGGGCAGCUCAUCCCAACUGGUUUGGGAGUGCGUGGCCGGUCACAGCUUCUCCUGGGGUGUCCCCAAGGUGCCGGGGGACCCCCAAACCGGCCACCGAGGAGAUGACCAACUGGGGGCCAGGGGGUGUAGCUCCCCACCCAUCACCGGCUGCCGGCGGUCGCUCCGACGUGCCGGGCUGGUUGCCCAGUUGGGAACUGGGAAGGGUGAAAAUGAACUGGAGGGAGCUGCUGGGUCACCCGGUGGUGAUGGGGAGCGGAGGGAAGAACUUGGAGGUGAUGGUGAUGAUGGUGGCACAGCUCCCCAAGUGCCGACGGAGGCGGGAACCGCGGGAAAAGCCGACGAGAGCGCGUCCGUCCCGGCGGAGAAAGCGGAGGAUGAGCCACGAGAAGAGGAGGAGGAAGAGGAGGAUGAGGACUUUGCCGAGGACGAUGACCUCGCCUACACCGAUGAUCUGCGCGAUGAGAACUACCAGCCGUCUCUGGACGGCUUCAAGAGGCGACCGCGGGCGUGCGACGAGGACGUGGCGCAGAUCGGGCCCAAGAGGAUCAGGAUCCUCCUGUGCGACUUCGAAGGUUGCGGCAAGAUCUUCUCCAACCGCCAAUAUCUCAACCACCACAAAAAGUACCAACACGUCCACCAAAAGACCUUCACCUGCUCAGAACCCACCUGCGGCAAAUCCUUCAACUUCAAGAAACAUCUCAAGGAGCACGAGAAGCUGCACAGCG